AUAAAAAAACUCUGUGAAGCUGUGUCCUAUUAUCUAUGAUCUUUGCAAAUGUUUUCAUUUUUGGGGAUUUGUUAUUUACGGUGUAUCUAGUUCGUUAGUCGUUUUUUAUUACUGUUUACAUUGUACUUUGAGUACAUUGAGUUUCAAAAAAAUGUAAUGUACGAAAUAGAAAUUAUGCAUAAAAACAACCAAGUUAAGGGCCCAUUUCUCUUGCUAUGACAUUCUUGUCAGUUGUUAUAUGUAUAGGUAACAUAAAUUCGUUGUGCAUAAAUAUAUAUAAUAUCAAGUCAUAAAUAUGAGUGAAAUAAAUCUCAUAAAAUUGCCGCACGAAAUUUUAGUAAACAUAUUUAAAAGACUGUACAUAUUUGAUCUUCGGAAUCUAAUGUUAUCGUGUAAAUAUUUGCGGGAGUUUAUAGAAAAUGAAAGCAGUUUAUGGAAAAUCGUAUGUCGACGAGGACUCAUCAUAGCCACAAAUGAAAAAAGAUUUCCUAUAACUUGGUAUAAUAGAAGCAGGAUAUCGUAUAAUUGGCGUAGAGGAAUUUUUAAAUCAAAGUUAAUAGUACAACAUUCAACAAAUUAUAUACCAUGGAUGCAACUAUUUGCUGAUGUGUUGAUUUUAUCCAUUGGAUCCGAACUUAAAUGCUAUGCUAUAGAUAAAUCUGGUUUUAACCGUGGGCUAUUAUGGAGCAUUCAUGUUCCUAUAAUGCAGAGAUAUGAUGUGCGUACUAAUGAUGUGUCAAGAUUCAUUUUAAGGGAAAAUUUAAUUGUUUGUGGAAAUAGGGAUGGUAGCGCAGCUGUUUAUCAAUUUAAUGAUAUUCGUAAAAAGCCCAGACUGUUGUAUUAUAUUGAGAAUUGCCAUGAAAAUGGUCAAGUUGAGGUGACAGCGGUAGAAUCAUUUAAUAACUCUGUAAUAACAUGUUCAAAUAUUAGUCCCCAUGUAUGCUUAUGGUCAAUGGAUGAAGACUUUGUAAAGAAUACAAAUAGCAACUGCAUAAGCGAGUUCAUUGUUCCAGAGUGUGUUGGCAGUAGAUCCCUUGCAGUUGAUCCAACAAAAACUAAAUUGGCUAUUGGUCCCAAUGGAAACAGUAAGCCCAUUUUGCUUGAUAUCAAUACUGGUGAUUACCUAAUGACGUCCAAAGAAACUAAGGACUUAAAGCAUGUCAUUAGGGAUAUACAAUGGCACAAUGAAAAUGGAAUUAUCUAUGUGUCUCAUUCUGGGAAGCUGCAAUAUAUUGAUGUCAGGACAAAUGAUGUGAUUUACACUGCUCGAGACCCUUUUCAAUCAUCAUUAUAUUGUGUUAAAUCAGACGGAGACAGGGCCGUUAUAGUAGGAUCAUCGGAGUAUUCACGAUGCGUAUUAUUUGAUUUACAUUCUUCACAUCAUGUACAGAUGUACUUUACACAAAAGAAGUCGUCGCCUAUUUAUAGCUUAGAUUUUGAUGCAAGAAAAUUAGUAGCAGCUGCAGAUCGAGGUGUGGCUGUUGCGAAUUUCAACGUCAAUGCAAGCACAACAAAAAUGAAAGACUAUUCUCAUAUAUUCGAAUUUGUUACCUAAUAUACGAAAUAAAAUAAACGAUAUCAUUUA